GCUGCCCGCCCUGCCCCUCCUGCCCGCGCUGCCCCUUUCUCCCGUCCCAUUUUUUCUGAGUCGGGGAGAGGAGAGAGACGAACGAAAAAUAGAGAGCGAGUGCGAGAGCUUGAGCGCUCACCUAGGUCGAGCGCGAGCGAGCAAGGGACGCGAUCGAGCGCCCGGCGGAGAUUCUCCCAGCAGCGGCCAGCGCGCGGCUCCGAGAAAUCGGGAGAAAUCGAGGGAAGAUUGCCUUGCUUUUCUUGUUUGGCACUCGGAUGAUCCAUGGUAAGAAAUCCUCGUCGAUAUUCCUGGGGUUUCUGUUGGAUCUGGCAAUUAAUCGCUGCUCGGCCGGGCGCUGGAGCUCACAGGUUGGGGGAAAUUUGAGAGGGGAAAAUGCUCCAUCAAUCGUAGCUGGGAUCUCUUCUUGCUGGCUAGCUGGUAGCACACAGGGGGCUUUUCGGCACUGGGCAUCUCUAGCGCGCUCCAAGAGCUACAGCUUUUGCGGGUGGUGGAUAUAUGGACGCACUGGCUCCUUGCAAAAGCACUGACGACGCAUGCCCAUGUAAGGGCGUGGGCGUGGACGUUCUUCCUUGCGAGAGCGCGGCAAGCGCGCUGAGGAGGAAGCGUAUCGAGAUUAGACGCAUCAGGAUUCUGGCCAAUUCGGGGAAUGGAUUGUUCAAGCGCUCGAGGAUUAACUUCCAGGAAGGAGGAGGUUUGUGCAAGGAGAUGAAGAGCGAGGAGGAGGUGGUAGAACACAAGCAGCAGCAGCAGGGGCAAGAGCAGCAGCAGCAGCAGCAAAGCAAGGAGGAGGAGCGAAAAUGUAGCGAGGACGUGCUACCAUCUUUGCUCUCGAGCUCCUCCUCGAGCUCUGUGAGCUCCGAGGAUUUGCCCAACCUUGGGUGCUGCUGCUCGUCGGGCCAGAGCUCCUGUCCGCCGUAUGGAACAGUGUCAGUUUGCGGGAGGAGGCGAGAGAUGGAGGACACUGUCGCCACCGAGCCGGAUUUCCUGAGCUUGCCUUGCAGCCUCAAUGGCUGCUCGGGAGCGUCAACUUCUUCCUCGUCGAGCUACCAUUUCUUUGGAGUUUACGAUGGUCACGGUGGAUCACAGGCCGCAACAUAUUGUCGAGACCGGCUCCACCGCGUUCUCGUGGACGAGAUGAACAGACAUAGGCAAGAGGAGACCAGUGAUCCGGAGAAGCUGUGGGAGGACGUCAUGACCGGCUGCUUCCUCAAGGUGGACGAGCAAGUCCGGAGGCCCAGCUGCGGCGGCGACGCUUGCAGCAACUGCGCAGGAAACGGCUGCGACGUCCAGAUUCCAGAGACCGUCGGCUCCACCGCCGUGGUGGCCGUGGUUGGCUGCAGCCAGAUCGUGGUCGCAAACUGUGGAGACUGCCGGGCCGUGCUGUCCCGUGGCGGAAGAGCCAUCCCCCUCACGGUCGAUCACAAGCCUAGCAGACCGGACGAGUUUGCUCGAGUGGAAGCUGCCGGGGGCCAAGUGAUCAACUGGGACAUCCCCCGGAUUUUGGGAAUUCUUGCGAUGUCACGAUCGAUAGGCGACCAAUUCAUGACUCCAUUCCUUAUUGCAAACCCGGAAGUGACGUGCCUGCCUCGGCAUGACAACGAUGAGUGCCUCAUUCUGGCGAGUGACGGGCUGUGGGACAAGGUCACGAACGAGGCCGCUUGCGACAUAGCUCGAAAGUGCCUCUCGAGCCGCCGCCCCCGCCGAGCAACGUCAAAUGUCUCGCGAACUUCCACCAGCUGUGAAGACGAGGACGACUCCCCGUGUGGCACGGCAGCCUCGCUCCUCCUCAAGGUCGCCUUGCACAAUGGGAGCAAAGACAACAUCACUGUGGUGGUGAUCGAUUUGAAGAGAAAUUCUUCGUCGACAGCUUCCAUGGGUGCUCCUCCGCCGACGAGGACGAUGCCUCUUCCCACCUCCUCCACUCUUAGCUAGUAUGGAAGCUACACCAUUUCCAGCGAGAACACAAAAAAGAAGAAAAAAAGCUUGCUUGUUCUUUUCUUUUUCAUGUUGUAAACCGGAUCAAAUUUUUAAAUUUUUUCUUUGUAACUUUGGGAAGGAAAAAGUCCAACAAGGACCAAUUUCCUUUCUUUACAAGAAAAAAAUCACCUUUUUUA